AUGGUGACCGCGACGACAGAAUAUGUGACAUCCACUGAUAGCGGCUCACUUCCGUUAACGACGACGUUUAAACCCCCGUCAACCUGUCUCAAGCAUAUUGCAACUUCAGAUUAUUCAACAAACUCUAAAAACGGAGAUGUGUAUUUCCACUUUCACCUAGGGAAUUACAGCGCUACAGAGUGUUAUCCUUCUGGAUGGAAUCCCACAUCGUUCUAUUCUCCAGGAGUCUGCCCGGAGGGCUAUGAGGUUGUAACUAGUUCAUUAAACAUUAUUGAUACCCUCACACAAACCCAAGCGAGAUGUUGUCCCUCUGGUUUCUGGCCCGCAACCGAAUCCUCAAACUGGCAAUCUUCCGAACCCUGCUCAUCCACCUGGCUGAAGACCGAAACCAAAACCAUUACAACACAUGGGACAACGUCCAUCAGCUACUCAUCCGGGUGGUGGGGACUUGAUGCCUAUGCCGUGUCUAUAGAGUGGAUGUCAACCGACUUUAAGACAUCGACCCCUACAGAAGCAACUGAAACCGGCACAAUGAGCACAGCGAAUGUUAUAGGAGAAAGCUCUGCAGCAUCAACAUCGACAAGCUCCGCAAGCUCGUCUGGGUUAUCCAGUGGCGCAAAAGCGGGUGUUGGUGCCGGUGUUUCCUGCGGUGCAAUCGUUAUCGCCCUGCUCAUCUUUGGCUUCCUCGUUCUUCGACGUAAGCGCCAACGGAAAAAUGGGGUACAGCAUAUGCCAGGAGUAUCAACGGAAGCGCGGGAUCCGCCUGCUGAGAUGCCUACUAAGGCUGAUACUCAUGCUGAGUUACCGGCGAAUCUCGCCAAUUGGAGACGACCUGUUUCUGAGCUUCCUGCCCACCAGUGA